AUGGCGACCAUCGCCGACGAGCUUCUGAACGACUUCGAGUCCGAUGGCGAAGAAGAGAACCAGGAAUCCUUUGAGGGUGAUAUUGCCACAGACUCCAUCUUGCGCCCCUUGGACCACAGCGAUGCGAAUGGCGCUAUGGAACUGGAUGGUGACGAAGAAGGCGACGACGAGGAUGGCCAGGAUGGCGACGCAGCACCUACCGCCAACGUCCGAGAGACCGAGACCGAGGAAGAAGCAAAAGCAAGAGUUGAGAAGAUGGACCUGGCUGCUGUCGGAGAUGUGCGCAGUGUCGCCAUUCUGAUGAAGAAGCUACAACCAAUUCUUGAGAAAAUCAACCACUAUCUGAAUCUACCUCCCGACCAGCAAACAAAGAAUAUUGGCAACAUCGAAGACAACCCCGAGUACAAGCUCAUGACCGAGGCCAACACUUACUCCACCUCGAUCGACGGCGAGAUCAUCCUCGUCCACAAAUUCAUCCGUGAUCACUACUCGACACGCUUCCCCGAGCUCGAAAGACUGGUCCAGAACCCCCUCGAUUAUGCAAAGACUGUCGCAAUCAUUGGAAAUGGCCCCAUGGACGAUGUCAAGAGCUUGUCAAAUUCAACCGACAACCCCGUAGGUCAAUCACUUCGUCAAGUUCUGGAUGGUCCCACUAUGAUGGUCGUCACUGUUGAAGCAACCACUACAAGAGGUGUCGCACUGUCCGACUCAGAGCUACAAAGCAUCCGAUACGCCUGCGACAUGACUCUGCAACUCGACAAGGCCAAGCGGAUCAUGACUGACUACGUACAAUCUCGCAUGAGCGUCUUUGCACCAAACCUCACAGUUCUGAUCGGCUCGCUAACAGCUGCCCAACUCGUCAACUUUGCCGGUGGUAUUAAGGGUCUGGCUAGCACACCUGCUUGCAACAUUCCCCCGCUUGGCUCAAAGAAACAGACUCAAACCGGUUUUGCUACCAAUGUAGGCGUCCGCCAUCAGGGUUUCGUCUACAACUCUCCUCUGGUCAGAGAAGUUCCCAGCGAUUUGAAGAAACAGGCCAUGCGUAUCGUGUCUGCUAAGUUGAUUCUUGCCGCUAGAGUGGACAGCACUCACGGCUCUCCCAAUGGUGCAGACGGCGAGAGAUUCAGGGAUGAAUGUAUCAACCGCCUGGAUAAACUGGUAGCACCAGCACCAAAUCGCGGCGCUCGUGCCCUGCCAGCCCCUGACGACAAACCAAGUCGCAAGCGUGGUGGACGCAGAGCGAGAAAGGCAAAGGAAGCAACCGCCAUGACCGAUCUCCGCAAGGCACAGAACCGCAUGGAAUUCGGCAAGGAAGAAGCAGAAGUAGGCUACGGCACUGGCGACGGUACCAAAGGUCUUGGUAUGAUUGGCGCCGCUCAAACAGGCUCGAUCCGCACACAACAAAUCGAUCAACGCACACGUGCGAAAUUGUCAAAGAAGAAUCCAGGAUGGGGCGGUGCUACACCAGCACCUUCAGGACUUGCAUCUACCUUCCACGGCGGCUUUGGCUCUGGCACAGCAUCAGUACUACGCAAUUCAGGUCUCAGAACCUCAGGUGUAGGAAUGGGAUCAGGAACGUCUAGUAUCGCAUUCACACCCGUCCAAGGCCUUGAGUUGGUAGAUCCCAAGGUUAGGGAUGAGAUGAACAGAAAACGAAAGGCGGAUGAGGAUAGAUGGUUCAAGGGAGGUACUUUUACACAGAUUGGCGGUACGUCGACGUCAACACCAGGAGCUGGUGCUGCUGCCAAUGGAGGCUUCAAGGUUCCUGCUUUGCCGCCGCCCAAGAAGAGGGAUACGGGCGCUACUAAGUAG